GUCCAUUUCUCCUUGUAGGUGAGUACAGAGCAGAGACUCAGAAGAGGAUUCCAUGCCAUGGGCAGGCUCGCCGUGAUCUGCGCCGUGCUCGCCCUGGCGGACUCCCUGGCAGUGACUUCAUACGCACCUCAAGCUGCAUCGCUGCUGCGCCACGAUGUAUUAUUGCGCUGUGAGUUCUCCCAUCCUGAACCCAUCGCCCUGAGCGAUAUCGGAGUGAUAUGGAAUGUGAAACGCGGCAGUUCAGGACAACAACCGGUUUACAAGUUCGAUGGGCACAAUGCCACCGCUGAGAGAUCAGGAAGUUCCAUAGAUUUCACCUCGCUGCCAAUGGGGAACGCAUCUCUGCACCUGCCCAUCCUGACCCUGGAGGAUGCGGGAGAAUACACCUGUAUUGUAUUUGUCUCCACACAUGCCGGCAAAGCUACGCUUGUUCUGAAAGUGGCAGCCCAGCCCGCCAUGUUGCUCUCCCCAAUGAAUCCAUCGCUGACGUUUGGAGAGUCAAAGACUUUUCUGUGUGACCUGACCGGCUUUUAUCCGGAAGAUCUGGAAAUUUCUUGGUUUAGGAGGAGCCAAGAUGGAGAACUGCGUCUGUCUGAAAACAUCUGCACGGGGGUUCCUGUUCCGGAGGAUAACGGGACCUUUAGGGUCAGCAGUCAGAUCUCUGCAGCAUUUUCUGAAGAUGAUGCCGGUGUUUUUCUGAUCUGCGAAGUCCGACACGAGUCUCUACCAAGUCCAUUGAGAAGCAGCAGCACAGUUUAUUUGAUGGCCCGGGGUGAAGCACAGGGAAGUACAGCAGCCACGGUGUCUAUUGUCGUCUGUACAGUCCUGUUGGCGAUUAUAUUUGCUAUUAUAUUUGCAAUCUUGUAUCAAAGGUUUCUUGCUAAAGUACCGCCCCUGAUGUCACAGCUCAUAAUCCCAGAGAUGAACUCAGCCGGUGAAAAGAUGGUUGCUGUGUGUAAUAUAAGCGGGUUUCGGCCGAGAACGAUGGACAUUUGCUGGUACAUUGAUAAGUCUGUGAAGGAAGCCGGAGAUGAGACUUCAGGGAAGGAGCCCUUGCUGUCCGCUGCCGAUAUCACUGGACAAGCGUCUCAUUCCGUUAGCAAACAAGGCAGCGUGUUCAACAUGACGUCUGAGCUUUCCUACACCCCCUCCGUCCAGGAGCAUGGGGCCAGGGUGGUGUGCGAGGUGAAGCACAAAGCCCUCCGUGGUGUGAAAAGACUGGAGAGACCCGUUCAUGUAAUAGCCCGUCCUAACAAAAUGUACAUUACGAGCUCGCCUCUGGUCCCGCGGGCAGGAGAAAAGCUGGCUCUGAGUUGCAUCGUAGAAAAGUUUUAUCCAAAGCCGAUCUCACUGAGCUGGGUGAAGAACAGAAGUGCGCUGACCAACGUCACUCAGUACGGCCCCUUUCCCUGCGACAAUGACUAUUACAGCGUCUGGAGCCAGGUGGAGUUUAUACUGAGUGAGAAGGAUGACGGAGCAAUCUUCAUCUGUCAGAUCCGUCACCGCAGCUUGGGAAGUCCGGAGGAAGUCUCAUUUGAGAUCAACUUAAAAGGGAUGCCUCCAGAAGUCCAGUACAUCUCAGCCGACCCUCCAGACCCCGGUGUUGGAAUGGAGACCCGACUCAGCUGUAUGCUUCAGAACUUCUUCCCCAUGGAUAUAGAGGUGGUCUGGUUCAAAAAUGGAGUUCAGCAAGACGUGGGGGUCUACAAUUCUCCCUGUGUGCAAAGCUCCCGAGGUCUUUACUCGCUGUGCACUAUGCUAAAGCUUAUUGCUCAGGCAGACGGCCGCGGGAGCGUUUUCACGUGUCGGGUGCAGCACGUGGCUCUGAAAUCCUGCCAAGAGAGAACUUACACACUGACUCUGACUGGCUCUUCUGAUUUAUCAACAUCUGCCAAUAGAAUUUAAUAAAGUUUGUAUCUUUUUGUUUA